AUGACCAAGACCAUACUUCGCGCGGACACUCCGACGGACGUGUCGGCCACGAACUCCAUCUUCGAGAUCCUCUUCAAGCACAAAGAGGAUCAUGAUAACCCGCAGGAAGAAGAGGACCCUUGUAUCUCCAAGGAAAAAGAACCGCAACGUCAACUAUUGGUACCGACCAAGCAGCCUACGGUAAAAGAGCCUGAGCAUCAACUGUUUGUUCCGGUCAAGCAGCCAACCUUGCUCGCGGAUCUUCACUUGCUUCAGCAACUGACUCAACAGCUCCAGGCGGCAACUCUGAACACGGCUAGCAACAAUCACGACGAUGAUAACACCUCCUCGAUGAAUACUCGUAGUACUGAGAUCAUGGCUACUCUCUACUGCCGCCGCGCUGCUGCAUUGCUGGCGUUUGUCGACUACGACGCCUCUAGUUCAAUUCCCCUUGACCUUCUAGCCUCGAGUCCGUCAGCUAGUACCAGCAAGGACGAAGCAAACCAACCUGCACCGAUGCUGGAGGCGGUGCGACAGGCGCUUCAAGACUCUCAAGCUGCUGCGGCACUUACCUCGAACAACGCAACACUUGCCAAAGCCCACUUACUAUCGGCUUAUUGCUCACGUAGUCUGGGAGAGCUCUCCCAUGCCCGCGUCUUCACGGCACUAGCGGCAACGGCGUUACCAAGUAGCACCACAAUUACGAACUUGGCUGAGCAGCUAGAUGUAGAAGCUCGCGCUGGUGUAGCAAACCUCUUGCCCAAAUUGCGAAUGACGUCUGCAACUCUGUCAACUCUAGCAACAAGCAGCGCAGCAACUACCUUAAGCCAGAACGAAGAAGAGGAAAACAACAACGAUCACACGGAGCAAAAUAUUUCAUCGCCCACUUCACAGAUGCCUACGCUCCCGAUCGAGCAAAGCUCGUUCUGGAUCCAAGUAGCCACACAUUUCCAAGUAUUGGAAGAAGCAGCGCUCUCGUCUUGGCUGGUUAAACUCGAGCGUCUAAUGCACCUGAACGUCCACCAUUGUUGCGCCCAACCUUCCGAGACAAUUAAACUGGACGCCGCACUCCAGGCUACACUUGCUACGUUAGCUCGCCUGCUUCAGAGUAGUGCUGCGUGUUCAACACUUGGUCUCAACAUGACAGACGAUGAGGCAGCGAGAACACUUGAGAAGCUCCAACAAGCUGCUGCAUCUUCGCCGCAAACGGUAGUACAGAACCGCACAGCCAGAAAAUGGAUCGUGCAGACCUGGGCUCCAGCAGUGCGACGUGUAGUGGUAUCUGCGUCUAAGUCGCCACUUAUCGACUUGUCUGGAGACGUUUUAUUGAUGCUGUCGCGCCUUCUGCAUGCAUCCGGAAGCUGGCGGCAGUGCACCGCGAUGGCCCACAGCUUGGCGUACACUGAAAUGAGCUACGACCUAGCGAAGCUCUUCCGUGGGAAUUUCACAGACCCUACAGCAUGGACGCGCCUGGAGAUGCAGUGUGCCGAAGCCUACGCCACAGCACAACUACAGCGAAGUGCUGGACACAACGAGGCGCGAAAGAUAUUCCAAGAAACGCUGCAGGCCGCGCUUCAAGUCGGAGACCAGGAGUAUGAGCUGCGAUCGCGUCUUCAUGUGGCAAGGACGCUCCGGCUUAAGAAUGAACCUGAGAUCGCGCACGCUGAGCUAGUCCAGCUUCUGGAGCGCAGUCGGGCGCUGAAGGACGUGCACUUUGAAGCAAUUGCAGAGUAUGAGCUGGGCGAAAAUUUCGUGCGGCAACAAAACAUCGAGGCAGCACUCGAUCAUUUCCAAGCAGCGCAGGCACUGUGCAACCGCACAGCCAACUGCGCGAACUCGUGGCGUUCCUCAUCUAUUCAGCAGGCUAUCGAUUUCUACGCGCGUUUAAGACCCACGGUUCGUCGCGGAGCCAUGCGCUGCAGCGUAUCGAGUCUCCUGUGCCCUGUCAAUGACAAGGAGAAGGACAAUGACGAGUCCGAAGCCCAAGAGAACGAAGAGAAUGACAAACAAGAGGAGGAAGAGAACCAACGUCCUCAGCGGCGCCAAGCAUUUUGUCGUAAGGAGACGUCGCUACAGCCGCGCUCGUUGAUGAGCAUGCUCUUGAACUCGACCGAGACAAACGCGCUGUAUGGCCCGAAGCCGAAGCGCACGACGUCCUGGCGCGAUACCGUAUACGCGACAACGUGGCCUGGUGGCUGCAUCGCUGAAGAAGUCACGCAGUAAGCAAGCGAAGUAGAACAUUUAUAAGAAUACAGCUCAUUCAUUCAUUCUUGCUUCGACCA